AUGAAAGAAAGGUCAAUUAAUUGGAUGACGGAGAUAGUGGAAAUGGAGAAACUGACUGAUUAUACAUGUAAUCCGGAAUAUCUAUCCGAAUCGAAUAGGCUCAUGACUGAAAAAGAAACAUUCAUCAAAACGGUCUUGAAUGAUUAUCUGAUACCUGGACCUGACGAUACAAACAUAAAUGUAGAGGGAAUUGGGAUGGUUGAAGUUGGAGGUCUAAAGAAGUACCCACAUGUCCUAUUGUCCCAAGCUUUCAACUUGAAAAUGCGGAUGACUGCGUAUUGCAAUAAUAUUAUAGAUUUGCAUUUGCAGCUGAGUGUUUCAAACCUUGUGAACAAGGACUUUGAGAUGGAGAUUAUGAAUGAGCUACUGGGACCAAACAAUGGUGGUGGGAUUGAGAGGAUGCUGGAGGAACCUCCAUCAAUUGCAGUGAAGCGCCAGAAGCUCAUCAAGAGCAUCAAAAAGCUCAAGGAGUCUAAAGAAGUUGUGUGUAAGAUCAUGGACGACAUGUUUAAUUACGCCGAAUACCUCGUGUGA